AUGAACGGCACUGCGAGUGAGAACAUCGCCAAGAAGCGCCAGUCGGUGCUCGAUGUGGAGCAGCGCAACCACCUGGAGGCGAUGCAAGCCGAGGUGCGCCGCAACAAUGAGCAGCUCACCUCGCUCCGCCGUGAAAACAAGGAGCUACGCUUGGUGCUUCAGCAGACCGUUCGCGGCCAGCGCAACAUCAGCGUCGAGGAUCACUACGCCAAGGAGGAGGAACUUCUGCAUAACAAAAUGUGCGUGCUGAAGCGCAGCCUCAACGCCGUCAAGGGCAAGAAUGCCGAGCUGCUCAAGGAGAUCGAGCGAGCCGUCGAGGAGAACCACUUCAUCCAGCAGGAGGGCAACGGCGUGCUGGAAGAGGACUCCGCCGUCGCGCACAAAAUCCGUGCCCUCGAGAACCGCCUGGACAAGUGCCUUGUGAAGCACAACGAAGUUCAGACGAUUCGCCGAACGUACGAGACACUUCUGGAGCGGCUGCAGCUGGAGCAGGCCGGCUUCAACACGCAGGUGUCGUCGACGGAGCAGGCGCUGCAGUGUGCCGACAAGGAGCUGGGCGAUCUGGUGGCGGUCUGGAAGAGCGCGGCCAAGGCGCGGGACGCGGCCAAGGCGGAGGUAUCAGACCUGAAAGCUCAGCUCGUCGCAGAACGGCAGAGGCAGCGCAAAGACCUGGAGGAGCGCCGCGUCUUUAUCGAGUCGAAGCGGCAGCAGCUGGCGAAGAAGCACGAAGCACUGUUGCUGAAGAUCGCCCACCAGGAGGAGCGGCAUGCGCGCGCGAUGCAGAGCAUGAACGGCGUCUCCGGUGGCAACACCCGUCGCCGCGGGCACCGCAGCCGCGCCUCGUCAGCCUCAUCCCUCAGCCCGGCGGAUGUGGAGCAGUUGCAGAGGGAGAAGAUGGCGUACCUCCGCCUGCGCGAUGUGACAAUGGGCACGAACGUCGCGGACGUCAUCGCGAAGCUGCGUGAGAGGUCGGAUCACCACGUGCAGCUGAACGCUACGGCCGCCGAGCUCGAGGACAGCAUGCAGCAGCUCGACAACGAAAGGUUGGCGCUGCAGUCAAGGUGGGAAGAGGUGAACCACCGCGCCGGUCACGCUCUUGUGUCCGCGCGCGUGAUGCGGACUGCUCGUGACAGGCAUAGCGGUGCUGACAAGGAGAACAGCACGUUGUGCGGCGCCGAGAGCAAGGAUGGCGAGGGCGACACCAGCAGGAACGCCGCAGGGGUAGCCGGCGGCACCGAUGCAAGCGACUAUGGCCUUCUCGCGGACCGGCGUCACGAGCGUCGCCUUGUUCUCGAGGAAUUCCGCCAGCAUCUGCACCAGCGGCAGGACGAGCUCGAGGAGGCGGAAGAGAAGCACAACUGGCUCGCUCAGCUUCUCCGCGAGGUGGACCUCGGUGUGCAGUACCUGACCGAGAAGCUGUCCAUCUCCGGCGCGCAGGCCGUUGCGGCGAGCGCGGCUGCGGACGUCUCCGCCACGUCGCAGCAGCAUCGCAAGCAGCGGAGCGCCACUCAGACAAGCCUAACGAUCGAUCUGCUGCGUAACUGCGGUGCCAAGCUACAGCUGAUGCUAGAGGAGCUGUCCCCCGAAGAAUUGGACGCCGUCGUGCGCUCGAUGAGCAGGGCCAAAUUUGUUAUUCUUGGCACGAAUGUGCGAGUCCCCGAGGUGCUGGAGGCGCAGCGCAUCCACCCGCAGCAGCAGCAGCAGAUUUCUUCCGCACCCCGCGCGGGCGGGUCGCCCUCGCACACCGGCGGCGUCUCCACGCCACCGGUUUCUAUGGGGGCGCCGGGUGGUGUUUCCUCAUCGACGGCGUGGCGUGCUGGGAGCACCGAUAGCAACACAUUCACGGCUGGCGCGGCUGCCUCUGGCGCAGCGGCAACUGCUGCGGCUGCAGCAGCCCUGACGGAAGACUACCCGGAGAAUGAGAUUCAUGACCGGCAGGAGCUAAAGAUGAUGUCGAUGGCGACGGUGGUGCGGGAGCAGCAGAAGGCGCGCAAGCGUCAGAUGCAGCAGCGACGCAACAAGGAAGAAAUGGUGUAA